AUGGCGGGUACAAGCAGGAUUGCUUGCAUUCAUAAGUUUGAAAUGUUUUCAAGCAAUCUAGACGAAAGCUUCCAAGUUUCCAGCAUGGCACCAUCUCUCAGGAACGAUGUUGAGCCUUCGAGCUGGGUGAGCUCCAGAAAACCAAGUCUGGACAUUAGCUUCCAAGACUUUCUUGAACUGUCCAAGGUGGUUUUUGACUGGGCCGACAGCUACGACUCCAAGGACUGGGAUCGUCUCAGAGGUAUCAUUGCCCCAACAUUGACAGUUGAUUACACCGAAGUUGGGCUUCAGCGAUGGGAGUCAAUGACUGACGAGGAGUACAUGGAUAUGGUCUCUGAUCCAGGCUUUCUGGGUGACCCUACUGUCAAAACGCAGCAUUUACUUGGUGGAACCUGGUGGGAGAAGGUAUCCGAUACUGAGGUUAUUGGUCAUCACCAACUACGAGCUGCCCACCAAGUCUACACAGACGCAAGCCUGAAAACCGUCAAAGUUAAGGGCCAUGGGCAUGCUACGAAUAAGCACUACUAUCGUAAAGUGAACGGCGUUUGGAAGUUUGCUGGUCUAAAGCCAACAGUCCGUUGGAAUGAGUAUCAGUUCGAGGACGUCUUCAAGGCUUGUCACCACUAA